AUGGUUACUGGGAACGUUCGACCAGAAAAAAUGACUUUCCUGCCAUGCCAGCGAAAAUUCACAAUAAAGCUGCCUGACAAGUACAUCACUCAAGGAAAGGUUCCAAAAAAGAUCUACGACGCCGGAACAAUUCAGUUGGCUGGAGCCUUCCCUGGCGAAGAACGCGAUUGCUUGCACUGA